UCUGACGGCAGCGAUCUCCCCUCCCAGACUGACUUCAAGGCGGCCGACAUGGACGUGAACACGGAUCAGGACAUCGAGAAGAACCUGGACAAGAUGAUGUCUGAGAGGGCGCUGCUGAAGGAGCGCUACCAGGAGGUGCUGGACAAACAGAGGCAAGUGGAGAACCAGCUGCAGGUACAGCUUAAGCAGCUCCAGCAGCGGAGGGAGGAAGAGAUGAAGAACCACCAGGAGAUCCUGAGAGCGAUUCAGGACGUUACGAUCAAGAGAGAAGAGACAAAGAAGAAGAUGGAGAAAGAAAAGAAAGAAUUCUUGCAGAAAGAGCAGGAUCUGAAAGCAGAAAUUGAGAAACUCUGUGAGAAAGGCAGAAGGUUGCUGAAGGAGCAGGAGGAGAAGGAGAACAAGAUCGCGUCUCUGAUUGCAGAGCAGUCCGAUGAGAAGCAGCUGUGGGAGAUGGAGCUGGAUAAGCUGAAGAACCAGCACAAUGAAAUCAAUAGGAACAUUCUUGAGGAGACAGAACGGGCCUGGAAAGCAGAGAUCCUGUCCCUGGAGAGCCGGAAAGAGCUGCUGGUGUUGAAACUAGAAGAGGCAGAAAAGGAAGCAGAGCUGCACCUCACCUACCUCAAGUCUGCGCCACCCACACUGGAGACCAUGAGGCCGAAGCAGGAGUGGGAGAUGAGGCUCAACAGGAUACGAAUGACCAAGGAAAGCGUCCGAGAUCAGUUCAACGAUCACAUUCAGAUGGUGAGGAACGGAACCAAGCUGAGCAGCCUCCCGCAGAUCCCCACACCAACGCUGCCCCCUCCACCCUCAGAGACAGAUUUCAUGCUGACGGCAUUCCAGCCCAACCCAUCCCUUACUCCCAGGCUCCCGUUCCCCAUCGGACCAGUCCCCGUGCCCAUGGUCAUGCCGAGCGCUGAUCCCCGCGCGCUCUCCUUUCCCCUCCUGAACCCUGCCAUCUCCAGGCCCAACCAGCCCUCCCCUCCGCUGCCCACUUCCCAGGGAAGGAACAGCCCCGUGGUGGCCUCGCUUAUGGGCACGUUCCACAGGCUGCAGCCGGCCGAUAAGCUGGAAAAGCUCCUGGACAAGCUGUUGACUCGGUUCCCGCAGUGCAACAAAGCGGCCGGGGCUCAGCCGCUCAGCCGGAUCAGAGCACCCAUGUUCUCCGCUCCGCUGCCCCAGAUCAGCACACCCAUGUUCCUGCCCCCGGCCCAGGUGGCUUACCCUGGAACAGCGGCACAUACCCCGGCUGCCUGCAAGCUGUGUCUCAUGUGCCAGAAGCUCGUGCAGCCCGGUGACCUUCACCCCAUGGCCUGCUCACACGUGCUGCACAAGGAGUGCAUCAAAUUCUGGGCACAAACCAACACAAACGACACUUGUCCCUUCUGUCCAAGCCUCAAAUGACGCCACUCGAACAGAGCGGUCCCGCGGGAGGAGUUGCUGUGAAUAGACAGGAUCAGUUCUAAGAUUUCUACAGUUCUAUAUUUAUACGACCAUGUAUACACAUGUACAUUUUUAUUAUAUAGGUAAUGUGUGUAUAGAAAGUCUGUAUACAUACAAAUUCAUAAAUAAAGUGUGUAUAUUAU